AUGCGCAUGCUCGGGGAAAAGGAGAAUAAUGACGUCGAGGUGACAUGGGAAGACCAGCAGAAUAUCAACAAGUUUAGUCGGCUACAUGCGACAUUCACAGACAUCGAGGAAGAGAUUCAGGUACGCCGACGAGAACGUGAAGACCUUGAUGACCUGUCCAUGGAGCUGGAGCUCAUGGACGAAGACGCGACGGUCAUGUACCAAGUGGGCGAAGCAUACGUCGAUAUGCCCCAAAGCGAUGCUCUGGUUCAGCUCGAGAAAGAUACGAAGCGCACAAACGAUGAGUUGGAGCGGCUACAGACACGUAUGGACGAGUGCGAGAAGGGCAUGAGCGAGCUCAAAGUACUGCUGUACGCGCGCUUCGGUGCCAACAUUAAUUUAGAGCGCUAA